GAAUGAAUGUGACUCACCCCAUCUCGAUGUUUGCGAGCACUACUGCCAUAACACGUAUGGAGCGUUUGCGUGUUCGUGUGAUCCGGCAUUCAUCAUGGGAAUUGAUAGGAUGAGCUGCGAAUUGGUUCCUGGUUGCGGAGGUUUUAUGAACGCCGUUGAGGGCGUUAUAACUCGACCUCACAUACCAACCAACAACACUCAUUCCAUUGAUUGUAUCUGGUUCAUUGAUGUACCGGAUCAUCUCAGGAUAUCGCUCAGUCUAGAAUUAUUCGAGUGGUCGAGCAACAAUUCGUGUGCAGACUACAUUUCCGUACGUGGUGAAGAGACCUAUUCUGGACAAUAUCCACGAGUAUGCGGCGAAAACGGCUGGGAACACACCUUCAAUACUACCUCUAGCAGAGUCUGGGUUCACUAUCACUCAGAUUGGCCUCAUGAGGGCGCCUUUCUCAUGGACUAUUCCACGACAGGAGAUUCCGAUGAUUACGUACUCACAUGCGGCGGACCUCUAAAUGAAUCAGGAGUCAUUGCGACCCCCGGCUUCCCGACCGGCUAUCCAAGCAAAUUACAAUGUACUUGGACCAUAUCGAAUGUUAGUGUCAUUGCUUUUCACUUUGAAAAAUUCGAUAUAGAACCCGAAUCGAGUUGCCAAUUUGACUAUCUCGAGAUCCUUGACGGUCCAGAAGGUGGUGCCAACUCAACGCAUAUAGGAAGGUUCUGCGGCUCGGAUCCACCGCCGAACGAGCUGAAGUUGAACACGGGUGAGGUCUGGCUACUAUUCAGGUCUGAUGCCACCGUGCAAGGCAAGGGCUUCCGUGCUGUUUAUGAAGUUCAAUGAAAUGAACUUGACCCAUAUUCUUGUCUCUAGUCACAAGUUAUACUAUUUUAAUUAAGCGACUUACCUUGAAAGGAAUACCAGAUGAAAAUACAUUCAUGUUAAGAACAGGCACCGUUGUCAAAAAGCACUUAAUAUGUAGUAUAACUAGAAAAGCAUUCGUUUUCAUAAAAUUGAUCAAAACCUCUUUCUCUGAAAAAAUAUAACCCUGAAAACAUUACCUACAAAAACUCCCUUGAUUUUCAUUCUUAUAAUUUCACACCCUGCCUUUCAAUCCUGUGUUUUAACUGUUGCUAUGAUGAUAUAACUGUGUUUUUUAAAUAAAUAUUUCAGUACUUUUAGUAUUGUUAAAUUUCUAGGGAAAAUUAAUUUUUGUGGACGUUUACAAACUGAAACCGUAAAUACAUGUAUAACGUAGAUGUCUUUUUACUCUUUGAAUGAUAAGUUGUCGCCAAUUCUUGACAACUUAUGUCCUUUCCAGAAUUAGUAUAAUGCUGAAACUAUUAACAAGAUGACUUUAUUUAUGCAUCUGAAUUCAUGCAUUUGAUAAGAAGUUUCCAUUUUCUUUGAUACCUAAAUUAAUGUAUUUUCAAAUUGAUAUCUCGCAGGAAAAGAGUCUUGGUUGUUUUGUUUUCUUUGGAUUUGUGUUAAGAAUUAAUAAUUCAAACUCAUACUUUAUUUAUACUGAUGCAGGUACAGCUAUAAUCAUGAAGAAAUAAAUCUUACCUGUGAAUCAUGA